AUGAACUGUCAUAACGCAAUAGAGGAUGCGAUGUUAAUGUUUGAUAAACAAACGAAUCGACAUAGAGGUGAGUACUCAAAUAAAACGCUUUAUUGCUUUCAAAAAUUUGUUCACAUCUUGUUGUCUGGGAUGUGUGAUGAAAAUAUUGAUGGUGAACAUGAUGAUCGCAUUAAUUUAAUUUGUAACAAGAUGUUUCACGCAUGA